ACCGAACCGUGACACCCGUACCGUUUCGGUUCAAUACGAAUACAUGAACCGUUACACCCCUAGUUCAUGGUAAUUUUCCUGGAAAAAAUCUUCGCCCGAGGUGUGUUCAGACUGGAUGCAGCCGUGUGUUUGGUACAUUUUCUGGUUUUAGGAAACAUUUAAACACCAAACACACAGACAAUAUUGGCCAGCAGGUUGACACUGCUGUCCAUUUAAUCAGUAAUGAAAAAGGAGGUGAUGACUAAUGUAGACGAAACAGUCAUAACAUCAGAACUGUUAAAGUCCAAUAGAAGCACCUUGGAUAUGUGUGCUACUGCUGUGGCACAGCUCAAGGCAGCUGGAUUAAGUCAGUCCAAUGUAAAUACGUUCAUCUCAUCCAUGGAAGAAGUUUUUUUUUUUAGAUUAAUAGUCAGGCUGAAGAUGCAGCUUUACAGUGCUUAUCUCCACAGGACACAGAACAUAAGAACAAAAUGGAACAAUCCUUUCAAAAAUUGGAAAACCCAUUCACAGCCUUAAAUUCUGAAGCUAAACAAAACAAGUGAAGGGAAAUGUUGAGCCUAUUGAAAAGGUGCUUGGCACACGAUUUGACAGCAGAAGAAAUAGAACAACAAAGACAUAUGACCAGGUUGUUGUAACAGACAAGUUUACAUAUAUUCCUAUUUUGGAAUCUCUGAAGACAAUUUUUAAAAACCCAGAACUUGUAAACAUGUUAAUGCCCAGACACACAUCCAAGGAACGUGUGUAUGCAGAUCUGGGAGAUGGCACUUAUUUCAAAAACAGUCCCCUAUUUUCUGUUGACAAAGAUGCCUUGCAGAUUCAGCUGUUUUAUGACGACUUCGAGACGGCGAAUCCUUUGGGAUCAAAAAAGGGCAUUCAUAAAUUAGGUGCUAUAUAUUUUACUCUAAGGAAUUUCCCCCCAAUCUUUAAUUCCUCAUUGGUCAAUAUUCAUUUGUGUGCUCUUUUCCAUGCACAGGAUAUCAAGCGCUACGGAUUUAACUCAAUACUUGAGCCACUAGUCCAUGAUAUGAAAAUUCUUGAAACUGAAGGACUUAAAAUGUCCAUGUUUAAACAUAUGGUUUGUGGUACCUUAGUUCAGGUCACAGGGGAUAAUCUCGGUAUGCAUUGUCUUUUUGGGUUUGUGGAGUCAUUUGGAGCUCACUAUUGUUGUCGUUUCUGCCUGCUUGAAAAGGAAUGUUUUCAGUCUGUGUUCUGUGAAGAUGAUCCAAAAGUUGUACUGAGAACUGUUGAGAUGCAUGAACACCACUGUCAAACUAUACAAACAGAUUCUAAGCUACCUCAUGUAUAUGGUGUGAAACGCAAUUGUCUUUUGAACUCACUUCAGUAUUUCCACACAGCAAAUAAUUUCUCAGUAGAUAUAAUGCAUGAUAUUUUGGAGGGGGUUGGUCAGUUUGAAGUCAAGCUUGUUCUCCAGUACAUCCAAGACAACUUCCUAAAUGCUGAUCAAAUAGCUGGUAGAAUACAUGCAUUUGACUAUGGUUACAAUCAACAACGAAAUCGACCACCAAGAGUAAAGCUGUUUGAUGGAAGUAAUGAUUUGGGGUUGAAUGCCAUACAGUCUUGCUGCUUAUUGCGCAAUAUGCCUUUGCUAUUUGGGGACUUGAUACAGACGGAGGAUAAGUACUGGCAUCUUCUUCUUUUACUUUUACAAAUAGUAAACAUUGCAUUUUCACCGAUCUUGUCAGAAGGCAUGACCAUUUACCUCAAACAUUUAAUCAUUGAUCACCAUGUUCUCUUCAAGCAGUUAUUUCCUACAGUCAAUCUCUUACCAAAACAUCACUUUUUAAUUCAUUAUCCACGUAGCAUAAGAAAUAUCGGCCCAAUUCUGCACAUGUGGUGCAUGCGUUAUGAAGCUAAAAAUAAUUUCUUUAAGAGACAGUUAAAAAGCUUUAAAAACAUUACACUGACAUUAGCCAAAAAGCACCAAAGUUGUAUGGCAAUAUAUCAGGAGACCUUCAGUAAUGAAAGACUAACUUUGGGUCCAGGAAAGUUGGUGACAGUUUCUGAUCUUAAAAGUGGUCCUGAGAUUGCUUCCAAAUUAGGAACUUGUUUGUCGGCCAGGGUGUUUUCAGCCAAGUGGAUAAAACAUGGUACAGAAUACCGCCCUGACUUUGUUAUUUGUAUUGCGGUAACAUGUGAGAUGCCUGUUUUUUGUAAGAUCAAGACUAUUGCUGUGAAAGAUGAUGAUGUGUUGCUUUGUGGACAACUGAUGGAAACUAUUUGUUUUGACCAUCAUUACCAUGCAUUCAGGAUUAGGCUGCAUCCAGACAGAGUUUCAAAAGUGUUAUAAAUGAGCUUUGUUACUUCAAACCUUUUGAUGUUCAAAUGAAGUAUGGAACAAUAGAUUCGUCAUUAUAUAUUGUCCCGUACUGCCAUUUCAUACAAACCUGAAGUUGUUUUAAUGUGGCUUUUGUAUUCAUGAGAUAUGUAUAUAUAUCUUGGAAGUUGAGAAGCUAAAAAUAAAGUUUUAAAUGUA